ACGUUUUGCUCCUUGCAUGUCACAUGACCCUUUGACUCGGAAGGCGGCAGGUUGCGUGGUUGAAACAGAACCAACAAACUAAAGUACCAUUAGCCAUGUGGCUGGACUAGAGACACAGUGAUGCCAGCUGUAGAGCAUGUCCGCCUGGGUAGGAAGCGCACCUUGCCCCUGUGCCCAAACCCUCUCUUCCUCCAGUGGCUGUCAGAGCUACGGGACCAGGCGGCAGAGAAGGGACAGAAGACACAGUACGUUUAUCAGAAGGCUAUCAGUUCAUUGAAGAAGUACCCCCUCCCCCUCUCAACGGCUCGAGAGGCUAAGAUUCUACAGAACUGAGACGGAAUCUGCAAGAUACUGGAUGAGAAGUUACAGAGGCACUUAAGGAGAGAAUGUAAAUACACAGCCUGGUCCUCAGUGAGCACACUGAUACAGAAAGACUUGGUCCAGAAGACACACAACCCCGCCAGGUAUUCCCUGACUGAGCUGGGUUUGGCCCUGGCACAGAGACUAGAGGACGGAGAGAGAGAACAAGAAGAGGACAGGAGGAGUGACCUGGGGGAAGAAGAGGAGGGAAGUGGYCCCYGUGUUGUUGAUCUUACUGCRGAGGAAGAUGAGAAAAAGAAGAGAACAGAGCCCAUAGCGGGGCCUACCCCGGCAGCCUAUGUUGCCCAGAGAGGGAGUGAGGUGCCUGGGGUAAACUCCUCAGAAAAGCCCCAGGCUGCAGAGACAAAGACUAGGCCGGCUGGAGGCUGUCUGUACCCAGGCAGUUAUGACAUUGUGCUAUGUGUGGACUUCAUUGAGACUACUGGGUAAGAGCACGGCCUGUAACAGGAGCUGGUGAAGGAGCUGCAGAGGAACGGCGUAACCUUUGACGUCAGGAUAAACGUAGGUGACUUCCUGUGUGCCAAGGAGAGGGUCGCUCCCGUGUCAGGUCAGUUGCGUGCCCCCCCAAGUAGGGAGCUGGUCCUUGAUUACAUCAUCGAGAGGAAGAGGAUGGACGACUUGUGUGGUAGCAUCAUCGACGGGCGAUUCAGGGAACAGAAGUUUCGUCUGAAGAGGUGUGGUCUACAGAACCCCAUCUUGGUGGAGGAGUGUGGCUCUGCUGCUGCUCACCUGAGUUUACCUGAGACCACGCUACAGCAGGCUAUAGUUAAUACGCAGGUGGUAGAUGGCUUCUUUGUGAAGAGAGUCCAGGAUGUGAAGGAGUCUGUAGCCUACCUCACUGUCAUGACCCGAUACCUCACCAAGCUAUACCAGGUAACUAUACACACACACACACACUUGACCAGAUGCCUGACCAUAGCACUUCUAAAAGCCUAUAUCCCACCAUUACCUGAGGCACUUCUGAAAGCCUAUAUCCCACCAUAUUGUCCAGACAUGUCAGACGUGUCCAGCAUGUCAGACAUGAGGAGAGUGGUAUGUUUAACACCUCUCGCUGUCUUCAUGGUACCAGUCGUCAGCACGGUGUUGCUUAUACUAGAGCAUUACAGUACUUUACACAGUCUGUUGAAAGCAUAUGAGCAGUGCUCCAGCGACACAGAAAGAGAGAAACUACUCUCCUCCAUCCGAUAUGGAAAACUGAAAAGGAACUUGGGUCCAGCUUUGAGUCGCACAGUCUACCAGCUCUACUGUACGAAAGGAGCACUGUCAUAGACACACGCACCACAACACACAACACACACACACACCUCUACAAUUUAGUGUUUAAAAUACUUUGUUCCUUUGUCAUUCCCUGCCAAGGUAAACCUAUAUGUAAAUGCUGCUAUUGUUGUGAUUUUUCUACUAUUUUCUAGUCAAAUGCGGCAGCAGGUAGCCUAGCGGUUAGAGCGUUGGACUAGUAACCGAAAGGUUG